GGCUAGUGGUCACGCAUGGCGAGAUGUCCCGGAGCGAGCUGCAAGAAAGGGCCAUGAUCCUCGACUCUUUGGCUGUUCAGUGCCGUACGUGCCAUACCAAGAAAAAGCGUCGGCCGGUGCCAAUUAAUUUCACUCAUCACUCAUCAAUCAUCAUCCCCUACUGCGCCCUGUCCACUUUACCUCUGCUCCGCCCACAACACCAGCAAUUUCUCUCGCUUUUGCUCGACUCGGUUAUUCUACGACUCUCUCUAUACACGUCGACCUGCACCAAUAUACGAUCCAUCAUCUAUGCUAGGCGACUGAGACCAAGCUUUCAAGCUUCCCUAGCACACACUCAUUUUGGAGAUCCAGAUCCGUUUACAAGGAUCCCCUCGCCGCUCACCCGUGCUCUGACAUCCGUCCACUCUCCGAAGUUGCCUGCGCGAUUGAACAGCUACAGCUCACUCUCUACUCCGUACAUCAUAACAGACGCUCUCUCAGACCUCGUUCUCCAAUUGACCGCCUGUAGAGUCUUUUGGAGACUUCCUUCAGCCUUGUUGAAUCGAUUCCAACCCUGUUCUACCGCUUGCUGCGGCAGGCCUGCUCUGGUCCUCGACACGCGAGAAAAGAGCUACAGCAGCCAUGUCGACAACAGAUACGGCAAGUUUAAGUUCGUCGACCGACUCGGUCAUUGUCACCACUCUUACCACAACCUCGACCAGCUUAACCACAUCGCCGACCACGACAGUCAUAGUCACAGAUACCUCAACCUCAACACCUGACACAACAUCCACGACUACGAUUCCCACCACCACGAGCGUCUCCUCCAUCUCCAUUCCUCCCUCGACGACUGUGAUCGAAACAACACCCACCACUACCGCGUCCCCCAGCGUAGUUGAAGUCACAUCUACAAUAACUCAAACUCCUCCAACGACAGAUAAUAGUACUCCCACACCUUCAGUAAUCGUGGUCACCUCGACAUACUCUCCAGAUACGCCCACAACAGACACUGCGACAGUGCGUCAGACAUCAACAUCCUCCUCGUCAAGCGCCACACCUUCAGCUUUAAGUGCCUCCGGAUCAGGUUCCAGUUCCUCAAGUGGUCUCGGUUCCGGUGCCAAGAUCGCCAUCGCCGUCGUAAUACCGAUUGUAGUUAUUGCUGCGGCCUUUUUGAUAGGAUUUUUCUUGUGGCGGAAGAGAAAGGCUCGAAAGAAUGCCGAAGAACAGCGAAAGAACGAAAUGGCCGAAUAUGGAUUCAAUCCGAAUAGCGACCCUACACUAGUGGCAGGCGUAGGCGCGUACACGGACAAUCAGUCAGAAGCUCAAGACGACGUCAGCGGCUAUCGUGGAUGGGGAGCAACUUCGUCAAAUCGCAAGGCUUCCACUACACUGGGAUCCAAUGGUCGUGGGCCCAACGGUCCGGCAAUGUCAGAAAGCAGCAGUCAGCCUGGAGGUUAUGGCUUCAACAACUCACCCAAUGGCGCCUCAGAUGCUUACUCUGCAGACCCUUUGAUGAACGGUCAUCCAGAGGGUGGUGAUGGCGUUGCGGCUCUCGCUGCUGGUGGCCUUGCCCGAAAUCGCAGUAAUGCUGCUGCGGACAUUCGUCGGGGACCGUCAAAUGCCUCAUCGGCGUAUUCUGCAGGUCAUCAGUCGGAAGAAUCCUCCGACACACCUAACAUGCCUGGGCCAUAUUACCAAGAAGAAGUUCCUUACAACAUUUAUAACGAUGCGGCACCGAGUCAUGGACCCUACGGUGAUGGUUCGUACGGUGGUUCAGGAGGUCAGCCUGUCAUACGCGAUGUCCAGGCCCGACGAAACACUCGUAUCGAACGAGCACCUACGUUUCCUCAGACCCAAGGAGGAAUUGCCCAGAACUUCUAGCAGCAGUUGUAAUCUAUCACAGGUACCAGCUUACGGCCGUCUUACUUUCAUUGCCAUGUGUCGUUGAGUCUGUAAAGGGAGUUCUCCGCAUUCGGUGCAUGAAAAGUUUGCUAGGAUAUCUUUAUCCUAUUUGUUUGGUUGCCUCCAUCUAUACCCCGGAGUUUGCGCUUUUGCUCAUUGGAAUUUUGACGAAUUUCAUAUCAUCAGCUAUUCGAUCACGGCAUUUGCAAGUCAUUGGGAGGAACAUUUCUUGUACAGAGAUUCAGGGAUAUAAGUACUGUUGCUCGAACAUUUGAGCAGUUGACCUAAUUAGUGGCUGGAUGUGCUUGUCGGAAGCUGAGUAGGAAUGCAGACUGGAUGAUGAGGAGUACCUACAUCGAGUGGCUCACGUAGCCUCGUAUCUAUAAGAAGCGAUCUAUGUGAAGUUUGACUACUUAUCCUACUAAUAUCAUUGUCGGAUCGGACUUGCUCGUAAGCUGCUUCAAUCGAUGUUGCGCACACAAAUAGAAUGUAAGAACAGCCUUGCGUCAUGUUCAUGGAAAUAUCAAAAUCGAACUUUAAA